CGCCCAUUGAAGCCUGCCUGAGCGAAAGCCUCCACGACUCAUACGGUCUCGUGACGUCUACGACAAUCGCUGCGAUUACACAGCAGGCAACUCUUUUUCUGCACAUCUCCCGCCUCCUCUCCGCCGACAGAAACACUCUCAAGCGUCGUCUGUGUUCGUUGCGACCGUGCGUUUGGCCUUGGGUUGAUCCGUAUCACGUCAUUGGAGCGGCGAGCGUGGCCACCGAUAACCAGUCAAGAUGUCUUCGCGCAACAAGAAGGUCCUUCUCAAGGUCAUCAUCCUUGGAGAUAGCGGUGUGGGCAAGACGAGUUUGAUGAAUCAAUAUGUCAACAAAAAGUUCAGCGCAAGCUACAAGGCCACUAUCGGCGCCGAUUUCCUAACACGAGAGGUCUUGGUGGACGACCGACAAGUCACGAUGCAGCUUUGGGACACGGCCGGACAAGAGCGAUUCCAGUCACUGGGCGUUGCCUUUUACAGAGGAGCCGACUGCUGCGUUCUCGUGUACGAUGUCAACAACUCCAAGAGCUUCGAGGCGCUCGACAGCUGGCGAGACGAGUUCCUGAUCCAGGCCUCCCCGCGGGAUCCCCCCAACUUCCCCUUUGUUGUCCUUGGAAACAAGAUUGAUGUGGAGGAGAGCAAGCGAGUGAUUUCGACCAAGCGAGCCAUGACUUUCUGUCAAUCCAAGGGCGAUAUCCCAUACUUUGAGACUAGUGCAAAGGAGGCCAUCAACAUUGACCAGGCAUUUGAGGUUAUUGCUCGAAAUGCCUUGGCUCAAGAGGAGUCUGAGGAAUACAGCGGAGAUUUUGAUGAUCCCAUCAAUAUUCACAUCGACAACGAUCGUGACGGAUGUGCUUGUUAAAUGGGGAGAUACGACAAGGUUGAUUGGAUGAAGACAAACUAGUCAGAGAAAGGCCAUGGAUAACCAGGCAAUGAACAUACCCGGCUAUGGAGCUGAUGCAUUUUCUUAUCGACUGGAAGUAGAGUACGGAGAAACGAGGCCAUGCCGGUGUUUGCGCGGGUAGUAAUUGUUUUUUUUUUUUCCCUUUUCCUUUUUUUUUUUCUGCGUCAGGGUUGAAAUUUCUUUCUCUUUUUCAUUUUGCUUCGCUUCUUGGUUGAUGGGAUACGGAGAUGCUCGUAAUUUUCGAACGCAGAGGUGCACCAGCCAUUGCCUCGGCUCUGGCUGUCGGGCUCGGAGAGGAGGGGGAGAGGGGGAAGAGGAGAGAGUUUCUGAGACGGGCUAUUCUCAUACAUCUACUUGUUAAGGGACCAUGGGGCUAUAGAUUCUAUGCAUGGCUGGGAGCAAUUUCACGCUAUGGACUUGAUUAUACAUAACAUCGAUAUGCCUUUUUUUCUUCUUGCUUUAUAUGUACGAUGUAUGUUUGCAUGUAUGUGCCUGUCUUUGUCUCUUUUCUUCUGCACCCAGAUUUCAAAGCGGGUAUCCACCAAUGUCCCAACGGCAGCCAUGCUUUGUAUUUACUGCCCUUUGACUUUGAAUAUUUUCGUUCCUCGUUGUCGAUUACCAUAUCAGGCAGAUUAAUGAAUCAUUCGAUUUGCAAUGCAACCUGUUGCACUAAGGCCUAUGGCAUCGACUUAUAACGCCCUCAGUCGGUGAGGCCCCACUCUGCACCUCGGCUUGCGGCUUACCCCGGACUCUCUCCACCGAAUCAUGAUCCGACGGGACUCGUUUCCGCCUCGGCUCCGCAUCAACCAGCUGUCCAUACCGUCGAGAUAAAUAUCAGACCAUUGCAGCGUCUCCAUGUCUCGGCUGUUCAUUGUUUGCGGAGGAAUCUUGGCUUGAAUUCGAUCCAUUCAUUUGCCCUUCUUUUCUUUCUACUCUUAACCAUACAAACACGGCACACAUUUCGUAAUCAUGGCUGCUCGGAUUCCAGCUCUUGUCUCAAAACACAUCAGCGAGGCGGCGAAGCAAAAGAUUGACCUCGUUGCCAAGUUUGUCGAGGAAGAAUGCAUCCCCGCCGACCCCGUUCUAGAGGCCCAGGUGGGCGAAGGCGAUAACCGCUGGGAGAACCACCCGUCCAUCAUCGAGGAGCUCAAGGACAAGGCGCGCAAGCUGGGCCUGUGGAACAUGUUCUUGCCCAAGGGCUUCUACACCGAGUCCCCCGGCUGGACAAACCUCGAGUACGCCAUCAUGGCAGAGUGGCUGGGCCGCUCGCGCAGCGCCUCCGAGGCCUGCAACUGCGCCGCUCCCGACACGGGCAACAUGGAGGUCGUGGCCAAGUACGGCAACGCCCAGCAGAAGGAGGAGUGGCUCAAGCCGUUGAUGGAGGGCAAGAUCCGCUCGGCCUUUUUGAUGACUGAGCCCGAGAUUGCGUCUUCGGACGCCACCAAUAUCCAGCUGCAGAUCACCAAGGAUGGCAACGACUACAUUUUGAACGGCUCCAAGUGGUGGUCCAGCGGCGCUGGCGACCCUCGAUGCAAGCUCUACGUCGUCAUGGGCAAGACCGAUGCCAACCACGCCGACCCUUACAAGCAGCAGUCCGUCAUCCUGGUCCCUGCCGGCCUUCCUGGAAUCACAAUCAAGAGAAUGCUCAAGGUCUACGGCUACGACGACGCCCCCCACGGCCACGGCCACAUCACCUUUAAGAACGUGCGCGUGCCGGCAAAGAACCUGGUUCUCGGCGAGGGCAGAGGCUUCGAGAUCAUCCAGGGCCGACUGGGACCUGGCCGUAUUCACCACGCUAUGCGCAGCAUUGGCGCUGCCGAGCAAGCUCUUGACUGGAUGCUCGUGCGCGUCAACGACGAGAAGAAGAAGCCCUUUGGCAAGCUCCUCCGCGAGCACGGCGUCAUCCUCGAGUGGAUCGCCAAGUCGCGUAUCGAAAUCGACGCCGCCCGACUCAUCGUCCUCAACGCCGCCAUCAAGAUCGACGAGGCCGGUGCCAAGAAGGCCCUCAAGGAAAUUGCCGAGGCCAAGGUGCUCAUCCCCCAGACUGCCCUCAACGUCAUCGACCGGGCCGUCCAGGCAUACGGCGGCGCCGGUGUCUCCCAGGAGACUCCCCUGGCCAACAUGUGGGCUGGCAUCCGAACGCUCCGUCUGGCCGACGGCCCUGACGAGGUGCACUUGCAGCAGAUGGGCCGCAACGAGAACAAGCGCGGCAAGGAGACGGCUGAGAAGCACCAGAGGCAAAAGGCCAAGACACAAGAGCUGCUGAAGCGAUAUGGCGUUGAACUCGCCGAGCCUGGCACCAAGAUUAAGCAUGAGGCCAAGUUGUAAUGGGUCUAUAUUUACUUCCUGGUCCUGCCUUGCUCUUCUUGACUUGUUAUGACUUUUUACUGUAAAAUACUGGCAAUUGGAUUAUUGAUGAUGUUAAUGCAUUACAACUAGCGUAUAUAGUAAAGCAAAAAGUUGGCCCAGAAUUGGACAGUGUGAUGUAUCUUUUUGAUAGGCUGCUAAUAGUCGGUGGUUGAAAUAGACUCUAUUUCUCAUCGUUGCUACGAUUCUCAGCCGUAGACACAAUAAAUGAUACAUCUAUAUUUUUUGGCGGUUUUAUCUCCUUCUCAUUCUUCCUUUUCUGCUUUAGGUGGUUUUAAAACAAACGUUUACAAAAACAGCGACCGCCCCCCCCUCGGAUUUUCAACCCCCCUUUUUUCUCUCUCUUUUCUACAGGAGCGAAUUCACGACUGCAACACACCGAUUCUGCCAACUUUCCUAAAGUCACUCUUUCGUUAACUUCUCCUACCCUUGC